CGCACCUUCCUCCAGCUCAGGAACCUGCUCUUUUUCAAAGGCUUUGUUUUCUACUCCCAAUGAGGCCACUGGUACCAAACCAUCCUGUAAAGGACGGCAGAUAUGGGAAACACUAGAAUGUGGUGACAUAAACUCAGGUUUUAAUGGUGAAUGUUGUAACUUUACCUGGAAUAAUCUAACCAGCGCCAUCAUGGUACAAGCCACCAGGAUUCUCCUCUUGCCUCUACAUCAGUCUCAAUUAACCUUUCAUCUGUCACUGUCUCAUUCACACCUGUGAUGUUCACUGAAUGCAGAAAGUGCUCGUCGGGAGCUAAGGUCAAAACUACAGAGCCAGCCAUCAGACAGGAUGACUAAUUAGAGGCUCCUGCCUCCCCUGUGUCAGAACAAUCUGAUCGAACAGACCAAAAGAGCCCUUAUCCCUUUCUCUGGCAGUACCUCCCUGUUCAAUAGACCAGCUCUUCCAGGUCUGCACUAAGAUCACUGGACCCACUGACAUCAGAAACCCUUGCAAAAGUUGGGAGGAGAUCCAAUCUCCCUCUCUGAAUAAGAAGGUUCUCUCACACAAUCUCUAUACAGUGCUGAAUAUUCCUCAUGAUCCUGUGGUGUUAGAGGAGCACUUUAAGGACGAUAGCAAUGGGCCUGUGUCCAACCAGGGGUACAUGCCCUACCUCAACAAAUACAUUCUGGCAAAGGCCACAGAGGGGACGUUCAGCAAGGAAACCUUUGAUGAUCUGUGCUGGACGAUGACAUCGAAGAAGAACUGCAAACCCAGCAUUCAACAGGGCCUGUGUUCACCGAAAGACUGCUUCAAACUCUUCUGUCUGUUCAACCUGCUUUCUGAAGACCGUUACCCAUUAGUCAUCAUUCAGCCGGAGUUAGAGUACCUGCUAACGAAAAUCUCCAGUGCAAUGAGCCUGGAGUGGGAUGGGACUUUACUGGAGGAACUUUUGUCCCAGAAUGCUGCUCUUCAGGAUGGCAUGUCAGUGUGGGAGUUCCUUGAACAUUUAAGUGCUGGCCAGCUUUUGCAUGUUGAGAGUAAGGAGUCCUUCAGUCUUGCUGUGGAUGAUGUUUUCAUGGAGAUGUACCACAACAUUAUCAAGAAGGGCUACCUGUUGAAGAAGGGGCAUGUUCGCAGGAACUGGCAGGAGCGCUGGUUUGUUUUAAAGCCCAGUAGCCUGAUGUACUAUGUCAACGAAGACCUGAAGGAAAAGAAAGGAGAGGUCCUGCUGGAAGAGAACAGUGUGGUGGAGAAUCAACCGGAUAAAGAAGGGCGCCGCUGCCUGUUCUGUGUGAAUACUGCCAUCAGGACCUACGAGAUGAGUGCCUCAAACAUGAAGCAGAGAGUAGACUGGGUACAAGCCAUUCAGACAGCAUUGAGAUUGAGAGCCGAGGGGAAGAUCUCUCUCCAUCAGGAGCUGAAAUUGAGCAGACGCAAGCAGAGAGAAACCCUUCAGAGAAGCCAGAACAACCAGAGCAGCCACAGCGAACCCACUGAAGUUGAGACACCGCAGCACUCUUCUCCGGAGCAGCAGGGGGAGAGUGAGCGCUUGGAGCAACACAUCGAAGGCAUUAUUCAAAAACAGAGGGAGGUGGAGGCAAAGCAUAAAGAAGAAGAAAAGCAGGAGCGAGAGAAACAGCAGGCAAUACAGAGAGAUCUGGAGAGACAGCUAGAAGAAGCUAAAGAGGCCAAAGAGAAGAUGACAGCCACGUUGACUGAGAUGCAGAAGGAGGUACAGCAGCAGAAGAAAAGGAUUCAUGAAUUACAACUCACACAAGUUAAACUGGAGGAGGCACUCAAUGCUCAGAUUCACGCCCGUUUAGAAGAAGACGGGAUCCGACAGGAACUGGAGAGGCAGCUUGAGGAGGAGCAGAAGAAACUUGUAGAGCUUCAGCUGAAAACCUCUGCUGUGGGGAGUCAGGAGGAUUCUUUCACCACAACACCUCCCAGCAGUCAGCAAACAGAAGAGAGCACAGAGAGAGAAUUGGUGAAUCAGUCUACUACAACUCAGAUGCUUAAGCACUGGAAAAUUCAGCAUAACCACCUCAUGAAGCCUAUCACACCAGGAGACAAAGUCGAACAUCUGCCAGUAAAGUCCACCUGCCCCAGACAGGGCCAUGCCCUCACCAGCACAGAGUUCAUUGCUAAGGUUCAAACAGGCAUCACCCAAGACAAAGGAAAUGGUUACAGCCCAUCACCAAAUCAAGAAGAGGAAGAACAGGGUUCCUAAAUUUGUGUCCUAAAUCUGUAUAUCUAUAAUAGAUUAUACAUGUUUUGUA